ACCCGCCGGAGGCGGAGCGGGAGCCGAAGGGGUGUGUCUGAAUUGGGGGCCGCUAAGUCCUAGAAGGUGGCAAUUUUCCUGGGCCGGCGGCGCGCGGCGCAGGUGGAGAGGCCGGCUGGCCGGGACUUUGGCCUCCGGCUUCGGGAAAUGGCGGCUGGGGGCAGAAUGGAGGACGGCUCCUUGGAUCUCACCCAAAGUAUUGAAGAUGACCCCCUUCUGGACACCCAGCAUCUCCCGCAUCAUUCAUUACAUGCUCAUUUUAGACCCAGAUUCCAUCCUCUUCCUACGGUCAUCAUAGCAAAUCUGCUCUUGUUAAUACAUGUUGUGUUUGUCAUUUUGGCGUUUUUAACAGGUGUACUUUGUUCUUACCCUAAUCCAAUUGAGGACAAGUGCCCAGGAAACUAUACCAACCCAUUGAAAGUUCAGACAGUCAUAAUCCUUGGGAAAGUUAUUUUGUGGAUUCUGCACUUCCUUCUUGAGCGCUACAUCCAGUAUCACCACAACAAAGUAAGAAACCGAGGCUAUAACAUGAUCUACCUGUCGACAAGGCAUCUUAAAGGACUUGCCCUGAUGAUCCACUCCACUGGCAACACGGCUCUUCUCCUCGUGCUGUGCGUGCAGCACUCCUUCCCGGAGCCCAGCAGGUUGUAUCUUGACCUCAUCCUGGCCAUCCUGGCCCUGGAACUCAUCUGCUCCCUGACGUGUCUGCUUACUUAUACAGUGAAAAUUCGGAACUUUAAUAAAGCCAAGCCACAGCCUGAUGUACUUGAAGAAGAAAAAAUCUAUGCUUACCCCAGCAAUAUAACCUCGGAGACUGGAUUCAGGACUAUUUCAAGCCUAGAAGACAUCGUUGAAAAGCAAGGAGACAUAAUAGCGUACCUGAAGCGACACAAUGCCCUGUUGAGUAAACGGUUGUUGACUUUCACUUCCUCUGAGCUAGACUCUCCACCUAGUAGAGUGUGAAAGACUCAAGGCCAAGACAGCAGGUGCAGAGGACUCCAGAGUAACGUAAGGCUGACUGACAAGCUGUCCUGGGGAAUUGCAGCUUUUGCCAGAUAACAUUUGACAAUUUUUGUUGGAAACCUGAAUUUCAUUUUCACCUGUGUGGCUGUUCAAUAUGUGGGACCUGUGGGUCACUUGAAAGGUACUUCAUAGGUAACUCAAGGAGGUCUGUUUUUGCACAUUUUAUAGUUGUUUAACUGUCUGAUUUAUCAUAGGAUCAAAAGUAUAAUUUAAACACCUCCUCGCUCAAUGCUUGUACCACAUGACAUUAGAACCCUGUAAUAAUUUGGUUAUUUAUAUAGAGGAAGUCUGACUCGAUAAUCUAUUUUAAACAGGGUUUUGAUCAAAUAAGUUCUUUCCAUUCUUAAACUGAUGAGAGAAGUCAUUGUUUCUGGUGAUUUAUGUUUUUACCCCCUUCAGAGCUUUGUCAUGUACUUGACAUGCUCAUGUGGUUUGGGAUUACAGCAUGACCUGUGCUGCAGCUUUUAUGAAGCAUUUCCUCACUGUAGGACCAAGAUCUCACUAGGUGAUUUCCUAUGCAAACUCCUACAGUUUUCCAUUCUCCAGAAAUAAGAUACUGAGUUUACAUGGACCAGUGUUAGACUGACCAGUGUUGCUUGUUACAUCGGCAGUACUUUUCAUUAGCAACGACUGAAAUACUUAAGAGAAAACUUGAGAACUUUCCCUUUAUUUUUUUUUUAUUUUAUUUAUUUAUUGAGAGAGGUGGGGGACAUGCACAGGACAGGCAGAGAAAGAGAGAGAGAGAGAGAGAGAGAGAGAGAGAAUCCUAAGUAGGCUCCACACCGUCAGCACAGAGCCCAACAUGGGGCUCAAACUCACGAACUGGAAUUAUGACGUGAGCCAAAAUUAGAGGAGUCAGACUCUCAACCAACUGAGCCACUCAGGCGCUCCCCUACCUUUAUUUUUACCCUUCUUCAAGAAGUUGCCAUAGAUUUCAGUAUUGACUGUGCCUUGACUAGAUCAAGAAAGAUAUGUUCUGUGACUUUAAUUUGGUCUAAAAAGGGAAAGAGGACCUUUUUUAGUCUUGGAUUAUACUUUUUUUUUAGGUUUUAUUUACUUAAUUAAUCUCCGUACCCAAUGUGGGGCUUGAACUCACAACCCCGAGAUCAAAAGGCUCACAAUCUUCCGAUUGAGCCAGCAAGGUGCCCUUUGGAUUAUGCUUUUAAAUUAUAGGAAUAAAAUGUCAUAUAAACUUAUAUAGGUAUUAAACAUAUCUCAUUCUCCAGGGAAAGUGAAGCACUUUAUGAGUAAAGGGCAUUAUUUCCCCAGUUUUCCUAGUUUGCCCUUUUAAUUUAUCCAUUUGCUGUUAGCACCUUUAUAUACUGCCCUAGAAAGCUUAAUAUGAGGAGAGGGGAUAUUUGUGAUUAUGUAUGUUGGUCACUAGCUGAAUAAUAUUUCAUUUGAAAACCCUUAAAUAUUAAAUAUUUCAUUUGAAAACCCAUCCAGGUACUUAUGGAGGCCAAACACCAAGCUUCCCUUAGAUAUAGCGGUUACUGGACCAUUCUAAAAGUUUUUUUUUUUUUUUACCAAGGUAAAGGUGAUGGUAUAUCCCCUGUAGGCAAUACCCUUGAAUCCCCAAAUGACAACAU